CUAACCGCACAUGUUGUCCUUGGGGGUGACAGGAAGUAGUAGCUGAGGAUGCUGAGUGCGAGCUGUCGCCUGCUCCCCCGGGGGGUCCGGGAUCUGCUCAGCCUGGGGCCCCUCACUGUGACUCCGAGCCGGGGCACAGUUAUAGUGGAGCGAUGGUGGAAGGUUUCUUUAGCCAAGGAAGGGAAGGAACCAUAUUUGCACCCACGGAGGCAUCGAAUCUUCAGGAAGGUGGAAGAUAGAAAACACGUUAAGAAAGAUAAAAUGGAAUUGAUCCUAACUCAAACUGUUCACAAGCUGGGUAACAGAGGGCAGAUAGUGCUCGUGGAUAAGGCUACGGGAAGAAAUAAACUCCUGGCACAAGGCCUGGCAGUCUAUCCUUCACCUGAAAACAAACAGAUGUUUGAAGAAGAGAAUAAGAUGAUGCAGGACGAGUCUUCCCUAAAAAAGCAACAGACCUGGACAGGAGAACUGACCGUUAAUUAUCUGAAAAAUUCCCGCCUGGAGGUUGGCAUGAAGAACAACGUCAAGUGGGAACUGAAUAAAGAAAUCGUGUGUAGGAAUUUUCUGAAAAAUUUGGGUGUUGUGGUUCCUUUAGAGGCUCUGAAGAUACCAGAGGAGUCCAUAACCCGAUGGGGAGAGUACUGGUGUGAGGUGACGGUGAAUGGCAUAGACACUGUACGCCUUCCAAUGGAUGUUGUUAAUUUCGAAAGAGAAAAAACCAAGCGAUAUAAGUACUGGCUGUCUCAGCAAGCUGCUAAAAACACCAAUGAGCCUACGUCAGAGGACUGAUCAGUUGGAAGUGCUUUCUAUACUGGCCAUUGCUCCUGGACUGAUUAAGUCAUCUGUGGUUUCCUCGUUUAUUUCUGGAAACUGCCGGCUACAGCUCUACUGUGCUCUGCCCACGACAUACAGAAACCCUCCACUUAUUCUAACGAAGGACCCGGGCUUCCCAGUGUGACCGUGUCCUGUUAUUCUGUCUGCUGUAAAGGAAUUUGUAAUAAAGAAUUAAAAAUCUCGAAU